GGAAUAUAUUAUAAGUGAAUUGAAUAUAUAGAGAAAUACUAUAAAAAGGGCAUUCAUUUAAGUAGUGCAAAAUUUUCAUUUGAAAACUUAUAAAUAUAUAUUUCAGAUAUCAUUACCGCAAUGUGGUCAGUCAAAAUGCUUAAGUUGACCGUGUUAGUUUUGUGUAUGGCAUUGGUGGCAGAUGCCACGCUCGUACGCGUACCGUUGAAUAAGCCCAACAAACGGCGCUCUAUUAAAAAUAUUAGCACACACCUGGCCGUACUGCGUAGCAAAUACAAUUCAAAUUUCGUCGCUACCACCGAGCAAUUGAGCAACUAUCUGGACGAUCAAUAUUAUGGACCCAUCACCAUUGGUACACCACCGCAAAAUUUCCAAGUUCUUUUCGAUACCGGUUCAUCGAACUUAUGGGUACCCGGUGCACCGUGUGCUAUCUCCGACGAGGCUUGCUUAACACACAAUACCUACAACUCAAGUGCAUCGAGCACAUACCAAGCGAAUGGCCAGACUUUCGCUAUAGCGUACGGUACCGGUAGCCUUACGGGUUACUUAGCCGUGGAUACUGUCACGUUUAAUGGUCUAAACAUUACACAACAAACAUUUGCUGUAGCGACCUCAGAGCCAGGCAGUACGUUCCUUUACUCCGCAUUCGAUGGUAUUCUGGGUAUGGGCUAUCAACAGAUUGCGGUCGAUAAUGUGGUGCCACCAUUCUACAACAUGUACACGCAAGGUUUAAUCGAUUUGCCCGUCUUUGCAUUCUAUUUGACCAGUAAUGGCACAACCAAUCAAGGUGGUGAACUUACACUCGGCGGUGUUGAUACCAAUCAUUAUGUUGGCGAACUCACUUAUGUGCCGGUGGUAAGCGAAGGUUAUUGGCAAUUCAAUAUGGAUUCGGUUAUUAUUAGUUAUGAGUACAUAUGCUUUGAGUGCUCAGCUAUUGCCGAUACGGGCACCAGUUUGUUGGCUGUGCCGAGCGACAUCUACGUAUAUGUACAGAAUGCCAUUGGCGCUCAGCUAAGCAAUGAGGAAGAAUAUUAUGUGGAUUGUUCGGAAGUUAGUAACUUGCCAACUAUUUCGUUUAGUAUUGGUGGCACAAUCUUUAGCCUUAGCGGCUCCGAUUACAUUGUAGAGAUGUAUGCUGAGAAUGGUGGUGUCAUGUGUAUGUCGGCUUUCGAAGAUGCUGGUACAAACUUUUGGAUUCUUGGCGAUGUCUUCAUAAGCAAAUAUUACACGGUCUUUGAUAUGGGUAAUAAUCAAGUGGGUUUUGCUCCCGCAACAAAUAAAGUAUUGAAUGAUAAGCCAAGCUCAACUUGCAGUUGCGUGUGUGAUUAAAAAUUAUGGAUCAACGAUAUUCACGAAACUAGUUUAACGAUACUUCUUUUACAUUUGCUUAAUAAAAUAUAAUAUAAUAAAAAUAAUGAUGAUUGCAAAAAUAUA